AUGGAUAAUGGUUUGAUUGUCUAUAAUGAUUUGAUUGUUUAUCAAGUUAUGAUGGUAAAUUGGCAAAAGGAAAAAGGUAAAUUUAUUGUUCUUGAAGAAAAUGUUAUGAUGGUAAAUUGGCAAAAGGAAAAAGGUAAAUUUAUUGUUCUUGAAGAAAAUGAAGAUAACUUGGAAGUACAUGGCCAAUGGAAUCAGAAUGGUGAGGCUGCUCCAUUAACUGCUGAAAAGAUGAGAUCUGCUGCCAAAGCUAGUCUUGCUGCUGCUGCGACAAAGGCAAAACUGUUUGCAGAUCAUGAAGAACGUGAAAUUCAAAGGCUAUAUGCUAAUAUUAUAAAUCAUCAGGAAAGAAGACUCAAGGAACUGUUUGAUUCUAUUCCUUCUCUAGAUGAACUUCAUGCUUUGUAUUCAAAAGGUCUUAGAGCAGAUGUUAUUGUAGUGGAUGAUAAAGAUAAGAAGCUUUCCAUGCUGAAGAAGCUGACUGUGACUCUGGUGAAAGGAUUAUAUUCAAAUCCAAUAGCAGUUAUAAAAAAGAUAGCUGGAUUGGUAUGCUUUUUUGGCUCUGAAAGUUUUCUUAUUAUUCUUUUUUUUUUCUUUUAUGUUCCAUUGCAAGUCCUGAAUGAAUGUAGUGUAUUUUGAUGAUCAUA